CUUAUGCAUUGGGAGAAUACAUAACAUACCUCCGGGAUCGGGCGAGUGUUGGUACUUAAGGAUACUACUCAAUAAAGCUAAAGGAUGUCAGUCUUUUGAAGAUGUUCGCACCGUGGAUGGUGUCGUAUACCCGACAUACAAAGAUGCCUGCCACGCACUAGGUAUUAUAGAUGACGAUCAAGAAUUUGUUGAAGCACUCGAAGAAGUGAACAAAUGGGGAACUGCAUCAUACUUAAGAACAUUAUUUGCUACUUUUCUGCUUAUAAAGAAUCUGCAUUCUCCAUUGCACGUGUGGACCAAUUGUUGGAAGCUUCUUGCAGAUGAUUUCUUGCAUGGUCCAGGAAAUCCAAAUAUAACGUACAUUGUCUCAGAGAGCGAGGCUCAAGACAAGGCACUUCAAAGGAUCGAAGAGAUUCUAAAGCGUAAUGGAAGAACAUUGGCUGACUUUGAAGGGAUGCCUGUCGUAGAACAUAUAGAUGAUGGACGAGUAGUUGACGCAUUGGU